AACUACGGCCAGUCUGUAAUAGGAUGUAGCUGAAACUUCCACAAACACCACAACAUCCAGUGCAGCACGUCUUCAACGUCCAGCACGGCAUCUUCGGCAUCCAGAUUGACGUCUUUGAUGUCCGAAGUGACGUCUUCGACAUCUGGCACACCAUCUUCACCGUGAAGCAUGUCGUCUUCGAUCGUCCACUACAGCGUUUCUACUGUCCAGCAUCACAUCUGCAGUGUCCAGCAAGAGGUCUUCUAUCUGUAUGAGGUCUUCUACGUCCAGCACAGCGUCUUUGCCGUCCAGAACACCAUGUUUGAAGCGUCCGCGAAGAACUGGACAUCCUGCGGAGGAAAGAAUGGGAGCGGAGGAACCAGGAGGCCCUGCAGGAUAAGGAGCUGUACCAGGAGAGCGUGCCGCUCUUCGGUGAGCCUUACAAGAAAAUCAAUGGCGAUGAACUCUCCAGCCGCAUCCAGAGGAUGCUCGGUAAUUACGAGGACGGGAACAACUUGCAGUAUGAUGGGGCCACCAGGGAUCGACCCCUUUCUUCAUCAUCAUUAUCGUCAUCAUACGGACAUUCGGGGCUCCCCAUGCACAAGGAUAAAACGGAUCCCUCAUUCCAGAGUUCGUCGUCCUACGGAAGCACUAAACAAGUCCACUCGGGUCACGGCCCACCUCAGCCUUCGAAGAAGUUCCCUCUCCCGGGCAACUCCAUCUCCAUCCAGAGCAAAGAAAUUCCUGUUAAAUCCCUCCAAGUGAAAACAGACUCCUGGUCUGACUUGAGGAACUACUCGACCCUACCAGCCAUACUUCCGGACCUUUCACCACCCGCAGAACCUUUGUCCCCUUUACAUUCCAGCGAGUCCAGUGAUUUUGAUCAGGACAUGGAUGAAGACAACGAUGGCAAGCGGCACUCGCUUUCCCCUCAGUGCGAAAGGUCUUCCGGAAGGACUAAUUUAGAGGAGACACAAAAGGAAACGUCCCACUUGAGCAGCGAGGCUCCGAUUCCGGCUACCCAGACCUUCUCCCUUCCGCUUUCUUCCAAGCCCAACUUGGCCAACUCUCGGAAGCCCAUGGCUUUGGUCCGACCCAUGGAUGGACCUGACCAGGUCACCAGCGAAUCCCCGGAUCUAAAACCCCCACGCAGCGACUAUCACGAAAACUUGUCGGAUCUGAAGAGCGUAGGCAAACCGAACCUUCCUCCGCUGAAGAUCCCCUCACAGUCCGUGGAGAUGCUGUCAAAUGAGGUUCAGCGUGUGGAGGAGAUUCUCCGAGAAAUGACCCAUUCGUGGCCUCCGUUGUUAACGGCCAUUCAGACACCGAGUACAGCAGAAUCAUCCAAGUUCUCCUUUCCUAACAAGGACUCCAGUGUUCAUCGUGAAUACCAGCAGCCUCAAAAGCACAGUGAGUCACCACCAAAAGCUCCACCAUCACCUGCACACCAGCGUCCACUCGUGUGCAACAAUGACGGCACCGGCGUAUUGGCGCCCCCCGGUGGGGCGGAGUCUGGGAGCUCCAGCGACUCGGAAAGCAGCUCAGAGUCUGAAUCCGACAGCGAGAGCAAUGACAGCAGCGCAGACGAGACGGCACCUGCUCCCAGGAGCAACACACCACCAGCGAAGGCCGAGGGGCUGAAAGACAUCAACUGGCAGUUGAUCAGUUGGAUCAAGGAGAGCCAGCAGAGCCUGAACCCUCAGAACCACGUUAAUGUUUCAUCGAAACCCAACCCCAAACCCACGACGAGCACCAAAUCUCAAUCGUAUCCUCACGCCGAGGAGGAUUCCAAACCCAAAACUAGGAAACACUACACCUCACGUACUCCUGUCUCUCAGCCCGAGUUCGGCGACGCCAAUUUCGAGGCCAAACCCGCCCCUGUGACGCAACACGACAACCACAAACCUGCUUCCAGCACCAACCCAGAGGCAGGAACCCGAAAAACUGUGGGUGAGAACCACCUGAGCAAGAGCGCCAAAGCCCCGAGCAGCCUGCACGUCGAAAGCGUCGAGGUGACGCCACGCAACAAAGACGCCACGUUCACGGAAAGGCCGAAGGUCAAGACAAAAACAAUCCAGGAGAAGAAAUCCGUGAACCGGAAAUCAGCCAAGCGGUCGUCUUCGGACAAAAAGGACGCAAAAGAAGCGGCACACAAGAUCGCCCCUGUCGCCGUGGAGGACAAAAAGGAGGCGGAGUCAUCGUCCCCGCCUCGCAAAAACAACGCGGGUGUAAAUAACACGCCCUCCAAGAGCUCCAAAAAGAGUCGUCCUCACUCACCGACGCCGUCUGCGGGCAGGAAGUCCAAAUCCACGGCUUCCAGAUCGACUGUGGACGUUCCUCUCACUCUGGUGGUAAAGAUUCAGCUCACGCAUCUGUCCAGAGUUCCCCAAAUUCCCAAAGCUACAAAGAUGGGGACCAGCAUUCUUGAGGAGAACCCUGUAAAGAAACCAAGCCAGGAGAAAGAACCUGGUAAAGCGGGCAAGAAGAGACCUGCUGGUCACAGUGAGCUCUCCGUACCAAAAAAGAAGCCAAAACUGCAAAAGGACAAAGAGGGAAAAACAUCGUCUUCAUCUCAGCACAACUCCGGCAAAAUAGAAGCAUCAAAGAGCCGCCAUAGCGAGACGGACAGAAAGAGCAGCAAGAAGCUCCACACUCCUGCUCCAGCGUUUGCUCCUGCUUCUGCUCCUGCUUCAGCUUCGGCUCUGCUUCCUGCUGCAGCUCCUCAGCCCCCGGGACACAAACGCCACUCUGGAGAGAUGGAGGAGAACAGCAGCUCAGCCAGCAAGCACAAGAAGAAGAGCUCGAGUAGAGACGAACACGGCAAGACUGAGAAGAAAGCACAGAAGAGCAUCUCCUCGGCCUCGACCCCGAACCCUCCCACGUCCUGUGGAGCCUCGGCGUCACUCAGACCUCUGCUCAAAUUCGAUGAAAAGUCGUGUUCUGUGGACCAUCAUAUGAAGGAAGCUAAAAAGCUGAAGCACAAAGCCGACGCCAUGGUGGAUAAAAUGAGCAAGGCCUUGAGUUACCUGGAUGCUGCCAUGUCAUUUGUAGAGAGUGGCAUCGCCAUGGAGACGGAUCCCCAGACACCCAAGUCGGCGUACACUAUGUUCUCAGACACCGUCGAUCUCAUCAGGUUCAUCCUGAAGCUGAAGAACUACUUGGACCCCUCGGCUCCUGUCUCAGAGCGAGACUUUUUAGUCCUGUGUUUGAGAUGUCAGGCCCUCCUGCAGAUGGCGAUGUUUCGCUGUAAACGGGACUCUGCAAUGAAGUAUUCUCGCACGCUCACCGAUUACUUCAAGAGCUCGAAGUCGGUUCAGGCUCCUUCCCCCUGCAUCUCAAAAAACUCGUCCCCGAUGUCCCCGAUGCCGUCUCCAGCGAGUUCGGUCGUCUCGAACCCCAGCAGCAGCAGUAACACUGUGCCCAUUCCUCAGCCCAUCCAGCAGAUGGCGUCGUCGUACAUCAACAUCACUGCUCUCUUCCUCAGCGCUCACGAGACGUGGGAACAGGCUGAAGAGUUGGCACGCACACGCACUGGUCUGUUAUGUGACCUGGACAAGGCUCUCGGACACCUGAGUCUGAUGUCCAGCAUGACGUCUCUGGUGCGUUUCACUCGCCAAGGCCUGCACUGGCUCCGUCUGGACACCUCGAACCCUCGCCAAGGCUCGUGAGCUUCUGCAUGAGUGUGUGUGUGUGAAAGAGAGAGCACGCAGACGGGCGUCUUUUAAUUAUUUUACGAUCUGCUUGGGGAAGGAAGGAAGUCUGUUUGCACUUUGUUCCUCCGUGGAGAAGCUGAAAAUCACUGGAAUUACACCGAGAGAACCAGACAGAAGGUGCAGGGAGAAAGAAGGAGGCGAAGGACAGAGUUUCAUUGACGUCAUCUUUUUUUUUUUUUUUUUUUUUUACCCCCGACGCCUGACGAACCCGAGCGAACAAACAGGAAGUCCACACUACAUGUUUAACUUGAUCAUGUGACUCGCUGAUUUCAUUUCUCCUGUGGAAAAAAAACAGAUGAACUGUGAUCUCACCAUUAUUUAUUUCCUCCAUCUUAUUAUUAUUAUUAUUAUUAUUAUUAUUAUUAUUAUUGCUUAUCGUUAGUAAUAUAUUGAUUUAUUUUUAUUUUUUUUUUAACCCUGAUGUUCAGGCUUCCAGCUGAACUUUCCCAUCAUAGAGCUCUAAAAGACGAGUUUAUCUCUCGAUGCACUCUUUUUUUUUUUUUUUUCUUCAGAUCCCUGCUGAAAAACGAAUUUGAUCGAAACAUGAAAUAUAAAGCCGUCGUCUGUUUUGUCUUUCACGCUUUUUCUCCCCAUUCGAAAUGAAUAACAAAAUUGUGAUUCUACCUCAAGAGGACAACAGAAGGGAAAGGAACGAUAGACACACACACACACACACACACACACACACACACACACACACACACACACAGUAGUUGUAUUUAAACGUCAUAUCGCACCUCUACUACAAAACACUCGUGCCUUAUAGAGAAACUGCUGUAAUAAAAUCCGAACGGAUCUGAAGAGAAACGAUGACAUCAUCUGUGACGUCUGCGUGUUACGUGACGAUCACUGUUUUCUUUUCGAUUCGUAUCCGUCACGGGAUGUGGGUCCACUUUUCAGGAAAGAAACAGGAAAAAGUCUGAACGUCAAAAUCCGAUCGCAAAAAGGUGCCAAUACUUACGAUGUAGCAUGUAGGUUAUUUUCUUUUGUUUUGUUUUUUGACCUGUUGCUUUGGCAACACGAGACGAUUCACCGGAAAGGGACAGGAUGAUGCAGGGACGUGAAAAACACGGUUUUCUGCUCACGUUUUCUUCCAUGAAAUUCUUAACGGUUAUGUAGCACUCAUGCAGAUGUUUUUACUGUUGCUUUAGCGCACAUCUGGGGGAGGGGGAAUAGCAAGUUCACUACAUGUUUCAUUUUUUUUUCUUUUCUCAUUAUUGUCUUUUCCCCUAAAAAAUCUCAGUGCGUUUCGAAUCUGUGUCCCGUAGAUUUUCUUCCCCUCUAAUCGCUCGUCGAACGAGGUCACGUUUUUGGUCGAGGUCACGACACGUGUCUUUGGUUCAUACUUUUUUUUUUUUUUUUUUGCGUUAUUUAUUAAAAAUUGAAGCGAUUUGGAUCUCAGCCUGCGCUCUGGUGAACAAAGUGAUUCAGGCCACGAUUUUACGAUCAAUGUCAAAGAUUUUGAAUCGUUUCCAUGGUUGCAUUCCAGAAAGGUUGAAGAAGGUAAUAUAUUUUCUGUCCAUAGUAUAAAUCUAAUUAUUGUUAUUUAUUACUGGUUCUUUUGUUUAGAUUUUUCUGAAACCGGAUUAAUUCGAUUUUAAUAAAAUUUUUUUUUUUGACAUUUUGAAAUUUUCUUUCUCACGAUAUAUAGCAAUAACACUUUGGUUUAGUGUGUGUGUGUGAGUGUGUGUGUGUGAGUGUGUUUGUGUGUGUGUGUGUGUGUGUGUUUCUUUCCUGACGUCCACUUUAUCAUUUGAGUGCCAUGAAAAGCUUUUCCCAAACCAGCACCAACACACAAAACUUUUUUUUUUUAAUUCUUUUUUUCUUUUUUUUUUCUUUUUUCUUCCUGGCAGGAUUUCUGAACUGGAAAUAAUUAUUUUUUUCUUUUUUAAUAUAAAUAAGGAUGAUGUCUGAGAUGUAAAGGGCUGCACAUCAGAAAAAAAAGGUUAUUACAAUAUUGUAUUUAUUUUAUCAACGAAAGAAACACUUGAGAAACAUUCGUCCUAUCGGAUCAUGUGACAUCAAUUUUUUUCUUUUCUUUGUAUUUUCAAAUUUUUUUUCCAAAGAAACGCUGCUUUACUUCCUCUGAUAUUAAAAUCUUACAGGAUUUGUUUUCUGCACACUAGCAUCGUGAUCUCGGGUUCUGGAAAAAGAAAAACAACAACAAAAAAAAAACCCCAAACCCGAGUCAGGAGUUUUGCUUUAUGUUCUGGGUCCCGUGCGUGAGGUUCGAUCUUCUUCUUAUUGCGAGAAAGAAUCGAACGAAUGAGGGGAAAAAAGAAACACUGAAUUGUUCAGAACCAUUUUGUAAUUUUUGCCUUGAUGGACAUUUUGUAUAUAGUGUUAUGUACAGAGCUGUAAAAAGAACUGCAAUGAAAUGAAGAAUUUUUUUUGUCUUUAACUUGCAUUAAAAAGUCCAAAAGA